CCCUCUUGACUUUAGAAGAAAUCCCCGGUAACAAACAUGACGGAAUUUUGGCUGAUCUCAGCCCCUGGGGAGAAAACAUGCCAGCAGACCUGGGAGAAACUGCAUGCAGCAACGACGAAGAACAAUAACCUGGCAGCCUCUUCCAAGUUCGAUAUUCCUGACUUAAAGGUUGGCACCCUGGACGUCUUGGUGGGCUUGUCGGAUGAGCUGGCCAAGCUGGACGCAUUCGUAGAAGGGGUGGUUAAGAAAGUGGCUCAGUACAUGGCGGAUGUGUUAGAAGAUAGCAAAGACAAAGUGCAGGAGAACCUGCUAGCCAACGGAGUUGACCUGGUCACGUAUAUAACAAGGUUCCAUUGGGACAUGGCUAAAUAUCCAAUCAAGCAAUCUCUGAAAAAUAUUUCUGAAAUAAUUGCCAAGGGAGUAACUCAAAUUGACAAUGACCUGAAGUCAAGAGCAUCAGCCUAUAAUAACCUGAAAGGGAAUCUUCAGAACCUUGAAAGAAAGAAUGCGGGCAGUUUGCUAACUAGAAGUCUAGCGGAAAUCGUGAAGAAGGACGACUUCGUGCUCGAUUCUGAGUAUCUCAUCACACUACUGGUUGUAGUGCCCAAGUUAAACCACAACGACUGGAUGAAGCAGUACGAGACGCUGUCGGAAAUGGUCGUUCCCAGGUCUAGCAAUGUUCUGUCUGAGGACCAGGAUAGCUACCUCUGUAAUGUGACUUUAUUUAGAAAGGCUGUUGAUGACUUCCGGCACAAAGCCAGGGAAAACAAGUUCAUUGUUCGUGACUUCCAGUAUAAUGAAGAGGAGAUGAAAGCUGAUAAAGAAGAGAUGACCCGACUCUCGACUGACAAGAAGAAGCAGUUUGGACCACUUGUGCGGUGGCUGAAAGUGAAUUUUAGUGAGGCGUUCAUCGCCUGGAUCCACGUGAAGGCCCUCCGAGUGUUCGUGGAGUCUGUGCUGAGGUAUGGCUUACCAGUGAACUUCCAGGCAAUGCUCCUUCAGCCCAACAAGAAAAUGAUGAAGAAGCUACGAGAAGUGUUAUACGAGUUGUAUAAGCAUCUGGACAGCAGUGCCGCAGCUAUCAUUGAUGCCCCAAUGGACAUUCCGGGUUUGAACCUGAGCCAGCAGGAGUAUUACCCCUACGUGUACUACAAGAUCGAUUGCAACUUGCUGGAAUUCAAGUAAACGAUGCUCUCCCGCGCCGGCCCAGCCCUCCUUGUAGGGGCCAUGUGCACCGGCAGGACAACCCCUAACUCUUAGCUCCCUCCUUUUGCUUCUCAGCCCCUUUCCUCGGUGAGUCCCCCACAAUGGUCCAUUCCUCUGCAGAGUUUUUUUUUUUUCUUCCCAAGAAAAAAAUAUGCAUCUUGUUUCUUUCUGUUGGUCAGGUCUGUAAAUGUAUCCUAAAAAAGGAAAAAAAUAUCAGAGUUUAUUUAUAAACAGAAUAGUUUAUUUAAAGAGAAGGCCUUUCCCCAUCCAUUUUGUGAUAUGCAUUCAUUCCAUAUUGCUAUUGUGCACAAAACAACCUUAUUUACAAGGUACUGGUGUAAGUGUGUAUGCCAUUGGAUUCACCUCCCUGUUUUCAUAGUUCCUGAAUUGUGAUGUAAAGAAAUGUGACAAUAUUCAGGUGAUGUGAUUGCUGAAUAUUUCAAAUUACCACCUUUGAGCACUGUUGCCAUCCACAGGGGAGAAUAAAGUUACCUGUGCAAAGGUG